CAGUUGUCGAGCCCUUCAUAACACGUCAAGUCCUUAAAGAGUGAGCAUUCGUCGGAGGGUUGGACAAAUUCACCACAAUACUAUAUAUAGUUGAACUCGACAACAUGCUCUCAUCCCUUGCCUCAACGUUAGGCCCUCUGCACCUUCUGACAUACUCGACGCUCCUUGGUACGGAAAUGUACCAAACUUUCGUAAUGACGAAGGUAGCUCACCAAGAACUCCCACGAUCUGCUUUCACGACUCUUCAAAAGCGCCUGUUUCCCCUCUAUUUCCGGGGCCAGUCCCUCCUCGUGGUCCUCGCCGCGGCUACCGUUCCCCCGCACGGGCCUAUAUCUUUGUUUGAAGAGCAGAAAACCUGGAUUCCUUUCGCCGUUGCGGGACUAACAUCGGCUUUGAACUUGCUGGUGUAUGGACCACGUACACGGCAAGUGAUGAUCGAUCGAAUUCAUCAAGGAACAAGAGAAGACCUAAAAGCUAGAGAUAUGAAGGGGGUUAGCGCAGAGAUGCGGCAACUAAAUCAAGCUUUCUCUCGAAAUCAUGCCAUGAGCAUCCACUUGAAUUUAGUCACAAUUAGAGCGACAUUAUGGUAUGGCUGGAAGUUAGCGUCGAUGCUUAAUUUCGAUAUUACGCGACUUGACUGA